AUCAACUGUCAAAACUGACAUCAGGCAGAGUGUAAACAUUACAUUUUAAAGACGCAUGGAGGUGAAUAUGGAAGCGUAAUUUAAUAAUACACAUGAUCAAGGCAACAGUACCGAGACGCUCGCCCCUCUCUAGAGAUGGAGGAGUUCAGGCGGACCUACCAGCGGCUGUGUAAGGAGUCAGGCGUGGAGCCCCAGGAUCCGGUCCUGUCUCAGCUCCAGGACGUCCGGGCUGCGUCCGGGGGUACCAGAUUGGACCUGAGCGGCCAGAAUUUGAUGACGGAAUCUUGCGCCAUGCUUGGCAAGACUCUGCAGAAGGACACGGUUUUUACUGAGCUCGUACUGAGCGACUGCAUGCUGAGUGAGGAAGGUACAAAGCUUCUUCUAAAUGGGCUGUGUUCUAACACCAUGGUAAAAGUGCUGGAUCUGAAGGGUAACAACUUAAGAGGAGUAGGAGCGGAGGCUUUGGGGAAGUUGUUGGUGAGGAACAAGACAUUACAAAGGCUUGUCUUGGAGUGGAAUGCUCUAGGAAUGUGGGAAGAAGGCUUUUCCAUAUUCUGUGAAGGUCUUGCUUCAAACAGUUCCCUUAAACAGCUGGACCUGCGCAAUAAUCAGAUCAACCACCAGGGAGCAGCAGAGCUUGCUUCAGCUCUUAAAAGGAACUCCGUUGUACAAGAACUUGACCUGCGCUGGAAUAACUUCGGACUGCUCGGUGGCCGCUCCCUGCUGGAUGCUCUGCAGCAGAACCGCGCCCUCCUCCGGCUCGAAAUGGCUGGCAACAGCGUUCCGAGCGACACCCUCAAAGCCAUCGAGCAGUCUAUGGACCACAAUGCAGACAGAAAGUCCACCCUGCGAGAAAGCCACACCAGGACUCAGGUGCUCAGCAAGGAGAUCCAGAACCUCAAGAAAGAAAAGGGUCGACAGUUUCUCAGUAUGAUGGAGACUAUUGAUAAGCAGAGGGAUGAUAUGGGGAGAAGCACCAGAAAUUCAGCGAUACAUCUGGGGCAACUACAGGAGGCUCUAGAUGAACGCAAAUCUACUGUGAAUUCCCUCACAGCCAAGAUACACAUGAUCGAAGCUGCUCUGGCUCUGUCUGACCAGAAGGUUAAUAACCUGGGAGAUCUUCUGACUAAAGCCAAAGUGGACAAGACUGAACUUAUAGACAGGCACUCCAGAGAGAUGAAGAAACAACACGAGGAGCAUGUUCUUCAGGAAGGAAAGCUUUUAAAGGAGGUGAACGGCCUGUCUGAGAAGAACCACCAGCUGAAGAACAAGCUUGAGGAGUCUGAACGGCGCUGCAGAUCUCAACAGGAGCAAAUCUUCCAGCUGAAACAGGAGCUCACGAACUCCACUGCAGAGUUAAAACUACGUCUGGCCCAAACCGAAGAGCGCUUGGACUUGGAGAAGAGAAGAUCCAAACAAGCUCUUGAAGACAUGGAUAGCUUACGGCAGAAAGAGGUGGAUCAUGUGAACAAGCACUUGGAGGAGAGUGAGAGAGCUCUACAGGAGCGCAUUGUCAAACUUGAAAACCAGCGGAUCAAGCUUGAGGAGGAGCUGAGCCGAACGAAGGCCACGGUGGUGACCGAGAGGGCUCAGGCGGAAGAGGAGCUGGGGAAAGUACGCGUACAGAUGCGUCUGGAGGAGCAGCAGAAUCUUAGCGGCAUGGAGGAUAAGCUACGGAGCGCACGCCAGUCACGGGACGAGGCCCAGACCCACUGCACGCAGCAGAAGCAGACCAUCGCCGAGCUGCACAGCCGAAUCGGCCAACAGAGCGCCGAGACGGACGUCCUGCGUCGCAAAAUAGAUGAGCUACAACAGGAGCUUGCAAGAAAAGACCAGGAGAAGGUGGCAGAGGUGACACGGGUCCGGGUGGAGCUGCAGGAGCAGAUCGGACACCUUCAGGCUGAGAGGACCGUGCAGAGCGGCCUGAAGGAGAAGAUCGCCGCUCUGGAGAGAGAGAUGAAAGCACUCGGUACCUCCCACCGAGAGGCGCUUCUGGACAAAGAAAGCGAGAUCUCGUCUCUGCAGGAGCGGCUGCGCAUGCGAGAGGCCGAGAUCCAGCGCAUGCGCGACGACGAGGCGCAGAGAGCCAGUUUCCUCCAGAACGCCAUCCUGACUUACGUCCAGGGAUCCUCACUUGGACACUACAGCCCUAAAAAAUAAACCGCUUUGAGAUUCGAAACCUGGAAA